CUCGUUCACGCCAAGACACUAGUGUAAGCCUCAACAUGUACAUACAUCCAUCUUAGCUUCAUGCGACGGGAAGACCAACAUUUGAUGUAUUCGUUUGGCUUAUAGUGGACUCCGUCGCGGAUGUGUUGUUGCCAGGAUCGUGAAGCGCUACAGUCCUAGAAGUACUGUCCACUGAUCGAAUUCGUAUAUAGCUAUCAUGGGUGAAUGUGUUGGAAUCGGGACGACAGGGAGGUGGAUUAUGCGAAAGGAGUUGGAGAAAAUACGUUACACGACCUGCAGUGUUCAGUCAACGAAGGCAUACUGGCCUAUCCGGUCGCAAAUUUUCGCAUACCUGUACAGGAUAGAUGUGAUCUACAUUCCGAACAAAAACUGAAUAUGCUGUUGCCUACGAUAUAGCAUUUGUCUUGCAUCACAUACAAAUAGAGAAUAAACACCGUCCCACUCUUGAUUCUGAAUCAGACUAUGGCGAAGAAGAAGAAAUCGCUGAGAAAAAUGUCUUCGAAUUCCGAGAAACUCACGUUCACGAAGCUUACCCAAACUACACGUCCAGAUGAAUCUCGCCAGAGAUUGUUGAAGUCCUUGUCGGAAGCCUGGACAAGCGGGGCAUACUCAGACCUCCAAAUCAUGUGCAACGGGAAGACUUAUGAUGUUCACAAGGUCAUUGUGUGUACCAGGUCAACAUUUCUCGACAAGGCUCUAAAAUUUCCCUCAGAGGCUUCGAAAGAAGGCGUGAUUGAGUUACCUGACCAGGAGACCGAAAUUGUCGAAUUACUUUUGCAGUACCUCUAUGAAGAAGAAUACUUCCCAGAAUUGCUUGAAGCUGUCAUUUUCGGGAAACAGCAAACCACACUGCACUCCUGCACAGGCGAUUGCAAGUACCAUUCAUCUUAUCGUCAAGUUUGCGCGCACCACUCCUGUGGCAGUGACUGCAAUUAUGACUGCCGAAACUUUCAGUGCCAAAAAUGCCUGACUACUGAAGAUGUAGCUGGCGACUCAACUCAGCUGUUGACACACUCCAAAAUGUAUGAGAUAGGGGAUUACUUUGCUGUUGACGGGUUGAAAAAGCUCGCAGCGAAAAAGUUCAAGGUUGCUUGCCAGAAGUAUUGGAACGACGCCACAUUCCCAAUUGCAGCUCACCAUGCCUUCUCUACAACCAUCGAAAGCGACAAAGGACUCAGGAGCACUGUCUGCAAAACCAUUGCGGAACAUAUGGAGCUUCUUGCCAAGGACGAAAUGGAUGCGUUGAUGAACGAUUUCACUUCCUUGACAUAUGGGCUCUUGAAGGAGAAAGUCAAACAGGGAUGGAAAUAGUGAAUCAUGCCGAGAUACGAAUCCAUCGUCAAGUAGAAGCAAAAGUUAUUGUCCACGUGUGUCACUAUGGGCAACAAUGUCCAAAAAGAAUGCCUUUCACCCUUUCAUUGAGAAUCACUCCGUUGCCUCCGUCCAC